UUAGCUUAGUGAGAGUCCAGUUAUUUCUGUGAUGUGUAGUAGUUUAUGCCCUUUGGGAACAUUUUGCAUGUCUGUCCUAUUGGUUGGAUAGUCUAGGGCUUUGUUGAGCUACAGUAGCUCUGUGGGAGGAGCUAUUGUCAGAAUUGUAUCUUUAAUGAUACAACCCCAAAUAGGGUAAGAACUAACACAGCUGUUGAAGCAAGGUUCAAUCUGCUGUAGACUGCAUCAGACAGCCAUACAGUAUGAAGAUAAUUGGAAUGGUAGCUACUGUCAUGUACAUCAUGUAUGUCUUUUGCAGACUGAUCUGUCCAGUUGUAGCAUCUGGGAGUAUAGAUUCCAGCUCUACACACCACAACAAGAGUAAUACAUUUGCAGACCAGUGUCUGGGUCCUGACUCUCUGAAGCUCUGCAGCAUGGCGGAACUGUGCUGCCCGCAAAUCGUGGUGGAUGCACAGGGCUGGAUAGCGGCAGCAAUAGGUUGGAGUCUCUUGUUUUUCACACUCAUCCUACUUGCAGUCAAGAGACUUAGCACAAUGGGAAUGGAAGCACAUGCCAAGACCACAGAAGCCUGAAAAAAUAAGUUCCUAAAAAUAAUUCUGGCAGGGGAAAUUAUGGGAAACUGUUAAACAAUGUAACAUUUAAAGCAAUACCUGGCAGCUGAAUUACAUCCCUUCCCAUUUUAUAAAUGCCUUAUACUUGCGUGGAAUGUCAUCUUCAUUCUGUUUUCCACUGUGUUUUAUUUUUUAACUUUCUGGAAAAUUACUCUCUAGAUCAGUGGUUCACAAACCUGAUUUAAUAUUUCAUCGAAAGUCCUUGGUCAGCACACCAGGGAGCAUUGGUUUAAAAAUUCUGGUAUAGUUUAAGAGUUUCCAUAAUACAGGAUUAAGAAAUGAAACAAUUACAUUCUAAAUUAAGAGAAUAUGUAGUUGAGAAAUAUAAGUAAAUCAAAAUCAAAUAAUAACCCUAUCUAUGUGUAAUAUACACUUUACACUGUUUGUAUCAUUUGUAUACUUCUAAUUUAAAAAUAUUUAAAAUAUAUCUUUCUUAAGCACAUUACUGUAUACAUAAAAAUGUCUGACGUAAUAUCAAAGUAAAUAAGAUGUUUACAAAACAUUAUACAUAACUUAAAUAAAAGUCAGAUGAAUUACAAAUUAUGAGAUUAUUGCAAUAAUAUGGUGUCUUUAUUAUGAUGUAGUACUUGAUUCCCGUUUUAAUGCAGUAUGAUGUAUGCUUUGAUUAUUAUAAAAUAUGUGUAUGUAGUUUUUCAUACAGAGUUUAUAAGUGGUUUAAUUUAUCAUAUAAAGAUGCAUCUGAGAGAUAGA